UAUUUUACGUUCACAUAAUUUUUAUGCUUCGUAUGCAUCAUCAAAUGACAAAAAUGAAUAUUUUUAAACAUUAUUUUGUAACUAUUACAAUCAUAGUUCUUCCAAUUUUGAUUAUUCCAGCAACAUCUAAUCCAACAUAUGAUGAUUAUUUAUCAGACUUCGAUAUUUACCCAGGAAAUUUUAACAAAGAUGAUGCUGAUAUUCUAUUACAUAUGGCUGGAUUUAUAGCGGGUGUUUCCUGUAGACCUGAUGACUAUACCAGCAGUGAGUUUUUUUUAUAUUAUUAUUUAAUUUAUUAUUAUACUAUUAUACAUUUAUUCUGUUUAGUCAAAUCUUUUCUUAAAUAUUUAAUUAUCAUUGUUGAGCCAGAAGGGUUAACUUCUUCUAUAUUUUGCAUUAACUAUCCAAGCUUGAAAGCUCUAAAAGCUGUUCUUAUAUUAUAACUUAUAAUUGUGUUAUUGUUCCCGGCUAGUAUGAUUCAGUACUAUGGUGAGUGGUGACCAUGGUAUGUUGCGCGUACCUACACACAUUGUCGACGGAUGUCACUAUGUCAGUAUAACGUUUGUUCAGUAAACUGUUUAAUAUGAAUUUGGAGACUUCUAAUAUUUGUGAAACACAAGGAGGAAAACUAUGUUUCAAUAUAUAUAGUUAUAAAUUUAGUGAAUAUCAUUAUUAUAAAAAGUGAAUAUUUAAAUUUUAUAUUUACUAAGAAAUAAAAAAUAAUUUGUGAGUGUCCUUGACUCUUGUUAAUAAAUUUAAAAAAAUUAUAAAAGUAUUAAACACACAUGGUCAACAAGAGUUUAAUAAUUGAACAAUGACAAAAGAAAUCAUCAGAUGUACCGUUAAAGGUAGUGCAGAAAAUGAUUUGUAGUAUUUGUACAUAAUACCAAACAAAUUAAUACGCUGUGAUGAGUUACGAAAUACGACGAUUAUACUUCAUAUUAAAAUAAAUGUAUUAUAUUUUUAUAUGACGAUACUGUAACGAUACAAUGGCGAUUUAUGCAUCAAUACUUAUACUAUAUUAAAACACACACGCUCACACAAUUGUAAUCAUGCAUUCAUGCCAUUUGAAAACGAAAGUCCUUAACCUGUGAAAGUGAUAAUGGAAAAUGUAGAUAGUAAAAGUUUCACUAUGGAACCAUAUCUUGCAAUUUUUAUAAUCGACAUUCUGGCUCAUUCACCAUCAAAUGCAAUGACUUACGUUUCAUAAAUCCAAAUUAUUUGUCUGUGAGUUACUCAAUUUCCGUCAGUUACCUACCUCUGAUAUGAUGUUAUUAACAAAAUAAUAUUUUAACUAAUUUUUGUAGAAAAAUACAGUAAGUUAAAUUUCAAUAGCAUUGUUAUACUUAUUUAUAAGGUUUAUCUUAAUUAAUUAUAUUAAAUUAUUAACUA